AUAGUAAAGAGUAAAAGUAAAAUUCGUUAAAUAUAGUAUUGAUCAUUUCAAACAAUAACUUGAACAGAAUGGACACGUAUGAGAAAUGAAAGCACUUUAUAAUAAGCCGAUCUGUUCAAGUAAAGAGUUGAGCUGAUACUGACUUCCCCACUACUGUUUAUAAAUUAUCGAAUCAAUAUUAUGCCAACUACGGUAACUAUUAUGUCAAUUAACGACAAUCAUCAAUUUAUGCUCAAGCUACUCAGUAGAUAAUUAACUUUUAUAAUAAAAAUUGAUUAUUACUUCUCCUUAUUCUUUAUACUCAAUAUAGUCCCUGGCGUAAUAUCGAAACCACAAUUUUAUUUAAUGCCAGUUUCAAUAAGUCUUUGAACUCUUCUUGUCAUCUAUUUUAAGAAUAAUACGCGAAUAUGAUUGUCGAUAAUCGGUUAGGGUAUGUGAGAUUUCAAACUUUGAUAAGGCGUUUACUUUUUAUUAUUGGGUUCUGGAAUACAAAAAAUUCUAGUGUAUUAUUCCGAUCAUUACUACUUGUACACCUUUCUUUCUUUAUACUCCCACUUAUUGGGGUUGUUAAUUUUUUCAAAACUCACAUUUCAAAUAUCUUUCUUGCUACCAAAGGUUUAAGUGUUCUUGUGGGAUAUUCAACAGUUAUUAUGAAAAUGAUAUGUUUCAUGAUUAAUCGUAAAGACUUAAAUGAGCUACAUGCGAUUCUCGAGCCUUAUAUCGAUGGAUUAGUUGAGAAAUCUGGAGUAUCAAAUGACCUUUUAAAAGGAGUUUCAAUUUUUCGAGGACUAUGUGCAGGAUUGACGGGUUGUGUAACAACAUCAUCUACUUUGUAUGCAAUAAUUCCUAUUAUGACUAUAAUCAGUCAAUACCGACACCAAAGACCUUUAAAAUUUCUUCAUCUCUAUCCUGUGAUUUAUCCUUGGGAACGAUCUCCUAGUGGUUUUAUAUUCUAUUGUCAAAUUUUAAAUGAAUAUUUUACGACAUUUAGUAUUAUCACUGUAACAGCUGGAGUAGAUAGUCUUUUUGUUUAUUAUGUAUUUCAAAUGGUCGGUAUGAUACGGGAUAUUUCAUAUAACAUAUCAUCUUUUACUGAUGAAAAUUGUGAAGAAACUAUUCGACGAUGCGUACGCCAGUAUGAAGUAUUACUUAAAUGCCGAAAUAAAGUCGAUAAGGUUUUUGGUCCAAUAAUACUCUGGUCUAUGGGAACCAACGCAAUUGUAUUGUGUGGACUUAUUUUUCAACUGUCUCAUGCUAAAGCUAUACCAUUUCUUACAAUGGUAUUAUGUGCCGCAUAUGUUAGUUUCAAAGUAACACAAAUUUUUAUGUUCGCAUGGGCAGCAUCAAAAUUCACUACUGAGAGUCAUAAAUUAAUAGACACAAUCUAUGCUGCGGAUUGGAUUGGAAAUAAACGUAUUUCGACUUCAAUAAUAAUUAUGCUUACUCAAAGACCACUGGUUGUUACAGCAUGCAGCUAUUCAACUAUAUCAAUCGAAAUGUUUUCAGCAGUUAUGAAUACGACAAUAUCAUAUUUUCUAUUAUUGAAAAACUUCGAUCCCGAUAGAUACUACGAUAUUGACUCUAAUGUUUUCACAAAGUUCACUAGUCGUAACAGUGCGAAUAUGAUUGUCGGAAACCGAUUAGAAUAUAUGAAAAUGCAAACUCUGAUACGGCGUUUACUUUGUAUUAUUGGGUUCUGGAAUACGGAAAAUUCAAAUAUUUUAUUCCGAUCAUUAUUAUUCAUACACCUUUCUUUCUAUAUACUACCACUUAUUGGUGUCGUUAAUUUUUUCAAAACUCAUAUUUCAAAUAUCUUUCUUGCCACUAAAGGUUUAGCUUCUCUUGUGGGGUAUUCAACUGUUAUAACAAAAAUAUUAUGUUUCAUUAUCAAUCGUAAAGAUAUUAAUGACCUACAUACAAUCCUCGAUCCAUAUAUCGAUGAAUUAAUAGAAAAAUCCGAGCUAUCAAGUGUUAUUUUAAAUGGGAUAACAAGAUUCCGACGUUUGUGUAAAAUUGCAACGUGUUUUGUUAUAAUAUCUUGUACUUCUUACACAAUGACGCCUAUAAUGUCGUUAAUCAGCCAAUGGAGACAUCAUGUACGACCUAUUAAACACAAUCUUAUUUAUUCAACUGAAUAUCCUUGGGUACAAACUCCUGGUGGUUUUUUAUACUAUUGUCAUUUUUCGAAUGAAUGUGUAACAACAUUUAGUAUUAUAUCAGUAACUGCGAGUAUAGAUAGUCUUUACGUUUAUUAUGUGUUUCAAAUAAUCGGUAUGAUACGUGACAUUUCGCACCACAUGACAUGUUUUAAUGAGGAAAAUAGUGAAGCAACUAUACGAUAUUGUGUACUCCAAUAUGAAGUAUUGAUACAAUGUCGGAAGAAAAUUGAAAAAGUUUAUGGACCAAUUAUACUUUGGUCUAUGGGCACCAAUGCAAUCAUACUCUGUGCUGUUAUUUUUCAGCUGUCGUAUGUAAAAUCUAUACCAUUCACUGUAAUGGUUUUGUGUGCAACACAUGCUGGAUUAAAAUUAACACAAAUUUUUAUUUUCGCAUGGGCUGGAUCACAGUUAACAACUGAGAGUGAAAAAUUAAUAGACACUAUAUAUGCCACCAAUUGGCUUGGAAAUAAACGUACUAUGACUUCAAUAAUAAUUAUGCUUUCACAAAAACCACUGGUAUUAACAGCUUGCAACUUUUCACCUGUAUCAAUCGAUAUGUUUGUGUCAGUGAUAAAUACAACAAUCUCUUAUUAUUUAUUGCUAAAAACUUUUGAUUCUGAUCCCUGAAUUCAUAUUUAAAAAAAAAAAUAAAUGACUUUGAAUGUUAUAAUGACUAGUAAAAUAAAUAGAAUAAAUAAAAAAC